CUCUGUUUCGACGAAAAAAGGAAGCAUUUUUAAUGGACGCAUUGGGUGGUUGCGGCGGCGCUGGUGGUUUCUGGGGAUGGAAUGGCUUCGAACAACGGAGAAAGAAGAAGUCUUCCGGCGAUAGAGGUAAGAAAAGGAAUUCUGGAUCGUCGGAUUCCGUCGAUGUGAGCAGAGACGCCGGCGGUUAUCGGUUUCCUUUGAAGCAAGCUGUGACAGCCGGCGCACUCACUUUCACCGGUGACACGAUUGCUCAGCUAUCUGGGAGGUGGAAAAAGAGAACCGCUCUUAAACAAUCAUCUUCUGAGCUUGACGAGGGGGAAUUGUGGAACAUUUUCUCAGAACAUGACUGGAUUCGUGCGCUUCGGAUGAGCUCUUACGGGUUUCUUUUGUAUGGCCCUGGCUCUUAUGCGUGGUACCAAUUCCUUGAUCAUUCUUUGCCUAAACCAACCGCCACAAAUCUAGUGCUUAAGGUUCUGCUUAACCAAGUGAUCCUCGGUCCUUCUGUGAUCGCUGUUAUAUUUGCUUGGAACAACUUAUGGCUGGGAAAACUCUCUGAGCUCGGAAACAAGUAUCAGAAAGAUGCUCUUCCAACGCUUCUUUAUGGAUUUCGCUUUUGGGUUCCCGUUAGCAUCCUUAACUUUUGGGUAGUCCCGCUUCAAACGCGUGUAGCGUUCAUGUCCAUGGGUUCUGUGUUUUGGAACUUCUACUUAUCUUCAACAAUGAGCAAGUAGUUACAUAUAUAUUUGUAUUCUUCAGCCUCACAGAGUGAUAAUAUAUCAUUCUGAAAGUUUUCAAUACAAAACAGGGAGAUGCGGAACUCAUCAAGAAGCAGUUUAAAAUCCCUGUCAAACUCUCUUAGGUUUCUAUGGUUUUUAAGAGAAAGAUAGGUUUCAGAUUGUUAAAUGUAUCUCUGGUAAGAAAGUUUAUUGUUGUUGACGAUUAAGCAAUUGUUAUACCUCUCUCUCUUGCAUCUUACAAUGAAGAUUUUAAUGUUAU